CGCUGCAACUCGCGGUCCGUUAUCAAAUCCUUUCAUCAGCAGCCGCGGAGUCCGCCCGAGCCUGUCCCUCGCGAGCGAAAGAUAGGAGAAGAAGAACGGUGCAAGGUCGGGCAAGGCCGUCUUUUCUUUCACUCAUUUCAGUAACACUUCAGCGACGGAUCGGCAUCAGCGAUUGUUUCAGUAACACUUGUCGGUGCGAUAAUAAAGACCAGGAAGUUUUCUUUCAGUUGCGUACCGGCUCUACAUUGUUGCAGGAGAGUGCUAUUUCUUGAACGUUUAUAAAGAUGAAGCUGAUUUUCCAUACACUCACAGCAUUCUUAAUAGUAAAAUGGAUCCAAUGCUAUCCAGUCGAAAGCAGUAACGACCGCAAAGGAAAAUCCCUAGGCUACUUAGACUACAUGCAACCCGACGUAGACUACAACAAUCUCGAACUAGAAAACGACAACUACAUGUCUCUGGCACUAGGAGAAAACCCCUUGAGCAGAACAAUACCUUCGAGAAAGCACCAAUAUAACUCCCCGAUUUACUACAUUAGAAUACCACCGCAGCCUUACAUGUUCGUCUCAGGACUAGGCUACGUUUCCCAACCGGUAGCACCACAGAUGUCACAGUUUUUGAACGUGCCAGUCUCGUUUGUGUCCAACGGUAAACCAAACGCUAUUUACCAGUGGUCUGGAAACUUUGGAGGUUUCCCUACACCAGCCCCCACUCAGUUCCCCAUUCCCGCUUACACCCCCAAACCGCAGAAAACCACGAAGAAACCGUUGGCUGAUUCCCCGAUACACAAAUUACCAGGAAGCUUUGCUUUUAACGGAAAACCUGAAGACAUCUAUGUUUUAAGGGACUCCUACAACUCACUUUAUAAUGACGUAUUGCAAAAUGUGUAUCCUUGAAACAGAGUAUUUGAACGAACGUGUGUGAUAAGAUAUUUAUUUAAUUUAAUAAGAAAUAUUUGACGAUAAAUGAGAUGGAUGGUGCACUUGUAUAUUUUCUAGUAAAAAAAAUAGUAUUUUUAUGAGGUUA